UUUGUCUUUUUCAUCUCAGCAGAAUUUUAUCUCCUGACCAUCAUGUGCUAUGACCGCUAUGUGUCCAUCUGCAAAGAUCUGGCCCUGUCAGUUCUGUACUCAGUGGUGACCUCAACCCUGAACCCUGUCAUCUACAGCCUGAAGAACCAGGAGCUCAAGACUGCAUGGCUUUAA